AGCUACAGUUACGGCUCCAUUAUUUUGAGUUGUCUUAUGCUUGCUACCCUGGUGAACAAAUUUUGGCAGGAACCAAAACAUUUCAAUGAUUUUCUACACCAUCUUCGUAAAUUCUGCCAGAAGGAUAACCUUAAUUGUUUCUGUGAAUUUCUUGCAUCCAAAGAACUCACCCUGAUCUCCAAGACAGAAGCCAUUGACAGUGAAGUUACAGAUGAUGAAGCUAGAAGUUUUCUGGUUAAAUCAGAGCCAAAAACUGAGUAAGGUCUCAAGUGGAUCUCCGUUCUGGUAGUU